GCCUUUGAUCCGCCAAGCUAUCUUCAACAACAUCAUUCAAGUGAACCAACUUUCUACUGCCUCAAUAACAACAACAAUAACAACAAUAACAAGAGCAAUCCUAUUACCGCGAUUGCCACUCCAGAAGAUGAACAACAUUUACCUUGCGACCAAUAUAAAGAAUUUUUGGAUGCUUCUCACAACGAACGUGUGGAUAUGAUUGACAAUUUAGUGGAUGUCUCUGUAGACAUUAUUGAUUCUAUUUGGCCUACACCAUGUCAUGCUAAGGUGGUUGCUACUAAAGGAUUUAUCCGGGAAAUUCUCAAACGAUCCAAAACGACCUAUUUUAUGCUUCAAAUCAGUCUCUUCUAUAUCUUUCGUGUUAAACGUGUAGUGCAAGCAAAGCUUCGUAUGCCUGCUGGUGAACGACGAUACAAGGAUGAUCUUAUGUGUUGUGGCCGACGUAUGUUUCUUGCUUCUCUUAUGGUGGCCUCCAAAUAUAUUCAUGAUAAAAGUUAUCGAAACAAAGCUUGGGCUGAUGCUUCUGGUUUGACCUUGGAAGAAAUCAAUGCUUCAGAGUCAGUCUUUUUGCAAAUGAUCGAUUAUCGUUUAUAUGUUAGCAAACCAACUUUUGAAAAAUGGUAUGGAGUCCUCAAUCAACGCUUGAAACAACGAAAGCAACAACAUCAACAAUCAGAUAUACAACGAUAUACUCCCCCAUCACCUCCUGCUUCAAGUACACCAGUGGCAUCUCUACCACGUCAUGCUCGAUCGUUACCGACAGUGACUCAACAACAACGCCAUGCUCGUCUUCAUCAUCCUUAUCUUACUCCUCAACACUCACACUUUAUUCACUCAUCAUCAGUCGACAAAAGUGGACUGAAAUCACUGGAAUAGGUCUUUGCUUCUCUUUUUUAUAGUUUUAUAGUUAUUAUUUUUAUUAUUUUUAUUAUUAUUAUUAUUAU